AUGGUGAAAUACUUUUCCGCGGACUGGCUGGCGCAGAGCCAUCGCUACACCGCGCUGACCCGCGGAGCUGGCAUGGACUCGCCGACCUGCAGGCCCCAUAUGCCCUGCAUGGUGCAGCCGUGCCCGCCGACUUUUGGCAAGGGUUACCUGCAGCCAAAGCCCAAAGCAUCACAACAUGUGGAGAGUAGCAGGCAGGACUCCAGCCUGUACUCCCCUUUUCAUCCAACAAGCUGCGCCUCACCGAUUUCAGAAAUGAGCGGUUAUUCCUCCGGGUACGAGAGCGAGGCCGCGUCCUCUGAGUGCCUCUCUGUGGACGAGGGCAGCGACGCGGAGAGAGACGCGCCGCAGCGCCGCGUGCGCACAAAGUUCAGCCCCGAGCAGAUCAGCAAACUUGAAAAGAUCUUUAACAAGCACAAAUACCUGGACGCCGGAGAGAGAGUGAAGACGGCACUGAGGCUGAACCUCACCGAGACUCAGGUGAGGACCUGGUUCCAGAACCGGAGGAUGAAGCUGAAACGUGAAUUUCAGGACUACCUCGCGCCCCAAAUCCCACCGGUGUUGUUCCAGACUCUGCCCCCAGUUCACCAGUACCACAGCGCGGCCGGACAGCGACCCCACUACCCCGUUCACGGCGCGGCCUUCUACCAGGCCCCCUCCCCGCAGCUGGUCCUCCAGCAGCAGAUGGGCCCUCACCAUCACCCCCACCACCACCCCCCUCCUCAUCUCAUGAUCCGCAACCCACAUUUCUACUGA